AAGAGUUGGUCGAUUGUCUUAAGUUGUAUGAACUGAUAAUAUUGUCAAUCACUCUGUCUAGUGUCUUGUCUAUUGUGUACCUUUCACUCCAUGGCGUCAAUCGAACAGACAAUUCGGGGUUAAUGACCAGUUGACCUGCGUGGACUUUGAACUUGCCCGUCACAGACGUACGUAGCAGGCCUACGCUUUCGGAGCGUAAGUGAGAGGCUGAGAGCUUGUGACUGACCGCCUGGCAGGCCGGUUUCUAAGUUACUGUACAACGCAUUAACGCUUUGCUUUGUCAGUCGUACGAAGGCGCAAUUUUUCCGUGUGAUUUUAUUAAUUAUUUAUAGUAAAUAUUGUGUAAAAUGGCAAAUCUGCUAAGAAAUAUUGUUCCUUCAAUUGCGCGUGCGAGCAAAUCGCUCCAAAUCCCGGCUUCAAGAUGCUUUUCUACGCAAUCAACCUUGCUAUGUGAGCGAAAGGAAGGAGCCCAGUCAGACUCCAUGAUGGAUAUUGGCUGUCGUUCAAUUUUCAACUCCGACCAUGACAUAUUUCGUACAAGCUGUAGAAAGUUCUGUCAAGAGGAAAUUGUUCCACAUCAUGAAAAGUGGGAAGAGAAUGGCCAAGUUUCAAGAGAGCUCUGGCUGAAAGCUGGCGAGGCAGGACUGCUGGGCACAGACACCCCUGCUGAGCAUGGCGGUAUUGGUGGCGACUUCAAAGAUGCUGCCAUCAUCAUGGAAGAGCUAAUGUAUGUGAACUGCUCUGGGCCAGGCUUCCCUCUGCACUCCCAGAUCGUCAUGCCUUACAUCACACAUUAUGGCACCACAGAUCAAAUAGAGAAGUUUAUUCCUGACAUGGUGGCCGGUAAAAAAAUUGGUGCUAUCGCCAUGACGGAACCUGGGGCAGGAAGCGACCUGCAAGGUGUUGCAACGAACGCCCGGCGGGACGGUGACGACUGGAUCUUGAACGGAUCUAAGACGUUCAUCACGAACGGCUACAUGGCCGACGUUGUCAUCGUUGUGGCAGUUACCAAACCUGAGGCCAAGUCUCGAGCUCAUGGAAUAUCCUUGUUCCUUGUGGAGGAGGGCAUGAAAGGAUUUAAUAAAGGCAGGAAACUCAAGAAGAUGGGAAUGAAAGCCCAGGACACGGCCGAGCUCUUCUUCGAGGACGUGCGCCUGCCAGCGACGGCGCUGCUGGGCAAAGAAAACCAUGGCUUCUACGGGCUCAUGCAAGAGCUGCCUCAGGAACGUCUUCUCAUUGGUGUGAUGUCAACAGCCAACUGCGAGUGGCAGUUUGAAACAACGCGCGAAUAUGUGAAGCAGCGCAAGGCUUUUGGGAAAACCCUUUCUAAUUUACAAACAAUACAGCACAAGCUAGCAGAGCUGAAGACGAAGAUAUCCGUCACGCGAGCGUUCACUGACCAAUGCAUCGAGCUCCACAACAAGGGCAAGCUCGACGGUGCCAUGGCCUCCAUGAACAAAUAUUGGUCUUCGGAUAUGCAGAACCAAGUGGCGUACGACUGCGUGCAGAUGCACGGAGGCUGGGGAUAUAUGAGCGAGUAUCCCAUCAGCAAGGCGUACGUGGAUGCCAGAGUCCAGUCGAUCUACGGCGGUGCAAACGAGAUUAUGAAAGAACUCAUUGCCAGGACCAUAGUCGCUUAACCUUCCAUUGCUCAUCUCAACCUCCACGAUGUAAAUUCCUUUCUUAAAUGGAAAUGGUCAAGAUUAACAUCGUUGCCAAUCGGGUGACCAAAUUUUUUCUCGUCCUGUAACUGUACGAGAAGGGCUACAAUUUGGCCCAUGUACGUAGCCUUGUAGGCAAAACUAAUUCCAUGCGCACAUUAAGGAACAAAAAUAAGAUGGAAGCUAUUCAUCACUUAUUUUGAACCUAGUAAGGAUGACCGACCUCACUUGGUCACAUCAUUAGUGGAAAGUGGUAAUUUAAGCUUCGUGUACAGAAUAGAGUAGAAAUUGUUUACUUGAUAUUUGCGUCACAUAUUAAUCCAGAUAUUUUCUAUAAAUGAGCUCUAUAACAAGGUUUUAAGCUCGACCAUCGGUGUGACAUAUUUUUGCUAUGACUUCUCUUGCAGGAAUAUAGCGCGUGUCAUUACUGCCCCAUGAGAAAUCAUUUGUAUUCUCUUUUUCUUAGUUAUCGUGAACCGGUAAAACCAUUCACUAGAGACGUCACAAGUCGGUUAUCUGUUUGUGAAUAAUGGGGACUCGAGAAAUCAACCAUGCGAGUUUUUAAUUUUCGUAAGUUCAGAUCAUCAGUGGAAUAGAAUGACGGGGUACGCGUGAUGCAGUGCCACUAAUCAUCCAUGCGAUCACUGCAUGCAUGCUCAUGUCUCUUCAAUAAUUAUUCCACCUCGAUCAACUUGCGAACAUACUGCAAUGCAAUCAUUAGCACCACAUGUGAUUGGCCUGCCAUCUGGAUCGCAACUGAAGUGAAGACCAGGCAGUAAAAGCAGUUGAUGGAGAUACGGGUUAAGCUUUGGAAGCACUUUGGUUGUCACAGGUAAGGUCUUACAUCCCUUUGUUAUGGAAUCUUCAAAGGGUUCAUAGAACUGCCUAAAGUAUUUAUCGAAUUGAUUAAAAAGUAUUUGUCGAUCUGAAAUUCGCCAUGAAAGUAUUAAUAGAUCUUCCGCUUACAUGGAUAGAUUUACCUAUUCCUCUCGGUCACAAAAGUUUUUAUUUAUUUAAAGGGUGUAUAUGAAAGUGGUUUUAUUUUUUAUUGUGUUCGUGUCAUGUAACUAAUGAUCAUCGUGAGUGAAAAUUUUGGUGCUUGUUAUCCGUUACGAAGCAAAGUGCAUCCCAUUUACCUCUGCUACCCCAAAAACAUGGUGCUGCUUUUCAGGGUUUUGAUUUUAACCCAAAAAUGUCAGUAUUUUUUAGGCUUUUUGUUUUUUUCCCAAUGGUAGUUUUGGACUGUUAGCCAAGUUGUGAGCAAAGAGCACUUUGUAUUCACCCAGUUACUAUAAUCUAUUUCGUCCGGGAUUGGGUUAAAUAAAGCAACAAUUUAUUAACGAAACUAC